AUGUACGUCAGAAGCAAAGCCAGUGUAAUUCCUACUCUAGCUGGACCAGUUAAUGAUCCUGCUAAGCUUCCCAUGUGGAACUAUGAUUGUCCUGCUGGGGAACCUAUUCUAACAAACGAGAAGCAAAAUGCUGCAAAGAUAUUUAGCAGUUCUGAAGUUGUUGCCGAGGAACCUUGGCAUGGAAUCGAGCAAGAGUACACCUUGCUGCAGAAGGAAGUUAAAUGGCCUAUUGGAUGGCCAGUCGGAGGGUAUCCUGGACCGCAGGGACCAUAUUAUUGCAGGGCUGGAGCUGACAAGGCUUAUCGUGACAUUGUUGACUCACAUUAUAAAGCUCGUCUCUAUGCUGGCAUUAACAUAAGUGGUAUCAAUGGAGAAGUUAUACCAGGCCACACCAAGUCAGUGAGAAGCAAUGGAGGAUUCAAUGUUACAAGGAAGGCUAUUGAAAAGCUUAAAUUUAGGCACAAGGAUCAUAUUGUGCUUAUGGAGAGGACAAUGAACAUCGUCUUACUGGGAAGCAUGAAACAGCAGACAUUAACACCUUCUCAUGGGUAA